AAUAAUGAUAUCAAUAGUCUGGGCUGUCUACUUUUGAAACCUGUGUGCUUUACUGGGUUUUGCUGUGCGAUGCUUUUCAUCUGUCAGUCAGAGUCUUUAUUCUCAUCUUGAGCUUCCAGCGACACAGAGAGGAGAGAGGAGAGAGGAGAGGAGUCUGCUGCUGCUGCUGCUGCUGUCUGAGGCUGCAGGAUCUGAUCUGUCCUACAUCUCGUCUUAUGAUGAUUGCGGCGGCGUUUUUGGUCCUGUUGAGGCCGUACAGCAUCCAAUGCGUGCUGCUGCUGUUGUUGCUUUUGCUCGGGACUAUUGCGACUAUUUUGUUUUUCUGCUGCUGGCAUCGCAGGCUUCGUGAUGGAAAGCAUCCAAUAAAAUCAGUCCUAUCCGGACGCACCAGGAGCCGAGUGGGCCUUCGGUCACAUCAUUUUCGAUCAGAGGGCUUCAGGCACAGUCCACGUCACGCCAGAAGGAGCAUACAUGCUAGAGUGACAGAGGAAAAACCCAAUCUGGUUGAGAUCCCUGAAAGCGAACCUGAUUCAUCAUCGACUCUAAGAAAACGCAAAGUGAAGAAGAGAGUCCUGCCAGAAUUUUACCAGUCUGUACAAGUCACCCCAACACGCAAACCUAGCUCCAGCUCGGGAAAUCCUUCCCUGCACUGCUCCACCAUGUCUUCCUCGCAGGAUUUCUCAGACGAGGAUGACUACAGUGUAAAGUCCGGGUCUGCAUCACCUGCACCCGGAGACACUUUACCCUGGAACCUGCCCAGGCAUGAGAGGUCCAAGAGGAAGAUACAGGGAGGAUCCGUGCUGGAUCCGGCCGAGAGAGCCGUGCUCCGGAUCGCAGAUGAAAGAGACAGAGUGCAGAAGAAGACCUUUACAAAAUGGAUAAACCAGCAUCUGAUGAAGGUACGGAAACAUAUAAAUGACCUGUAUGAAGACUUACGAGAUGGACAUAACCUGAUCUCACUGCUGGAGGUUUUGUCCGGAGACACAUUGCCAAGGGAGCGUGAUUUUCUGAAGACAUUGCGGUUGGUGAGUGGGACAGAGGCAUGUGAAGUUGAGCAGCAUGGAGACACGGUGGAUGGUGAUGGUGAUGAUGAUAAGGGGCCUCGGGAGAGAGGGAGGAUGCGCUUCCACAGACUCCAGAAUGUACAAAUAGCACUGGAUUAUUUAAAGAGGCGGCAGGUCAAACUUGUAAAUAUCAGGAAUGACGACAUCACAGACGGCAACCCAAAACUGACCCUGGGAUUGAUCUGGACCAUAAUUCUGCACUUUCAGAUCUCGGAGAUUGGGGGGUCCGAGGACAUGACCGCCAAGGAGCGGCUACUGUUCUGGUCCAGGCAGAUGACAGACGGCUACGUAGGCGUACGAUGUGACAACUUCACAACCUCUUGGAGGGAUGGGAGGCUAUUUAACGCCAUCAUUCAUAAAUACAGGCCAGACCUGGUCGACAUGAGCCGUGUGUCGACACAGGCCAACAGGUCAAAUUUAGAGCACGCGUUUGGUGCAGCUGAACAUCUGGGGGUGGCAAGACUGCUGGACCCCGAGGACGUAGACGUUCACUCACCCGAUGAAAAAUCCGUCAUCACAUACGUCUCAACGCUGUACGACGCUUUCCCCAAAGUACCUGAUGGCGUUGAUGGAAUCAGCCCUAAUGAUGUUGAUAUCAAAUGGGUGGAGUACCAGAACAUGAUCAAAUACCUCAGCCAGUGGAUCAAACACAAUGUGGCCAUAAUGUCCGAUAGAUCAUUCCCCAACAACCCUGUGGAACUCAAGGCACUUUAUACACAGUAUCUGCAGUUUAAAGAACACGACAUCCCGCUGAAAGAGAACGAGAAGACAAAAAUACAGGAUCUUUACAAAAUGCUCGAGAUGUGGAUCGAGUUUGGACGCAUUCAGUUACCCCAGGGUCACCACCCUAAUGAUGUGGAGAAGGAGUGGGGUAAAUUAAUUGUUGCCAUGCUGGAAAGAGAGAAGAGCCUGAGGCCUGAGGUGGAAAGGCUUGAAAUGCUGCAGCAGAUUGCCAACAGGGUCCAGCGGGACUGUGUCAACGGAGAAGACAAGCUGGCGUUGGCAAGAAUCGCCCUCCAGUCUGAUGCAAAACGUCUCGAGUCUGGUAUUCAGUUCCUACAUGAAGCUGAGAUCGCCGGCUACCUUUUGGAGUGUGAGAAUAUCCUCAGACAACAAGUGAUGGACAUCCAAGUUCUUCUGGAUGGGAAAUUCCCCUUUGCAGAUCAACUUGUCCAAAGGGUGUCAAAACUCCGGGACGACCUCCUAUCCCUGAGAGCAGAGUGUUCUUCCGUGUACAGCAAAGGUCGCACCCUGACGACAGAACAAACCAAAAUGAUGAUCUCGGGCAUCACGCAAAGCCUGAACUCCGGCUUCUCUCAGAACAUCAACACAAGCCUGUCACCAGCCCUUACUCCUGCACUCACCCCGGGGGGGUUAGGUACCCCCGGGUCCACGUUCACCUCUAGCCUUUCACCGUGCCUCACCCCGUCCUAUACCCCUGCCUUGACGCCCGGUCUGCAGCCCGCUUCGGUCCAGAGCUACAUGGGGAGUGGCGGCGGCAUGGACCCAGGCAGCCUCAGGCAAUUGAAACACAUGCAGAUCCGAAAGCCCUUACAGAAGUCCUCACUGGCAGACCCCAAUAUGACAGAGGAGGAGGUCAACAUGAAGUUUGUUCAGGACCUCCUGAGCUGGGUGGAAGAGAUGCAGAUGCAGCUGGACCGUUCAGAGUGGGGAUCUGAUUUGCCAAGCGUGGAAACGCAUUUAGAGAACCACAAAAGUGUACAUAGAGCCAUUGAAGAAUUUCAAAUGAGUCUUAAAGAUGCCAAACUGAGUGAGAUUCAGAUGAACAUGCCCCUGAAACUAACCUAUUCAGACAAACUGAACAAGCUAGAAAAGCAGUAUGAAAAGCUGUUGAGCUGUUCAAGAGAGCGACAGAGCCACCUGGAAAGCCUGCAUGACUUUGUGUCGCAGGCAACUCAGGAGCUCAUCUGGCUGAACGAGAAGGAGGAGGAGGAGGUCGCCUUUGACUGGAGCGAUCGCAACGCCAACAUCUCCAAGAAAAGAGACUACCACGCUGACCUGAUGAGGGAGCUGGAUGAAAAGGAGGAAGUGAUCAAGUCUGUGCAGGACAAGGCAGAGCGCCUUAUGCUCAAGAACCACCCAGCCAGGCCCUCUAUUGAAGCGUACAGGGCUGCCAUGCAGACGCAGUGGAGCUGGAUUUUACAGCUCUGCUCAUGUGUCGAACAGCAUCUCAAAGAGAAUGCUGUUUAUUUUGAGUUUUUCACUGAUGCCAAAGAGUCUAAGGACUACCUAAAGAGCCUGCAAGACGCCAUUCAAAGAAAAUACAGCUGUGAUCGAACGAGCAGCCUACACAGACUGGAGGAUCUCAUCCAGGAGUCAAUGGAUGAGAAAGAACAGCUUCUCCAGUACCGCAGCACUAUCGCUGGGUUAGUGGGCAGGGCCAAGAAUAUCGUGCAGCUCAAGCCCAGGAACCCUGAAAGCCCCGUGAGAUCCUCCAUCCCCGUCAAAGCCAUCUGUGAUUAUCGCCAGAUAGAGAUUACCAUUUAUAAAGAGGAUGAGUGCGUACUGGCCAGUAACUCUCACCGGGCCAAGUGGAAAGUCAUCAACCCAGCGGGAAACGAGGCCAUGGUGCCAUCUGUCUGUUUCACUGUGCCUCCGCCCAACAAAGAGGCUGUUGACGAGGCUACGAGAACUGAGCAGUUAUAUCAGAACGUCCUGGCCCUCUGGCACCACUCCCACGUCAACAUGAAGAGUGUGGUGUCUUGGCAUUAUCUAAUGGAUGAUAUACGAGCCAUCCGCAACUGGAAUGUGGCCUCAAUAAAGACCAUGCUACCAGGUGAGCAUCAGCAGGUCUUGAGCAACCUUCAGUCCCACUUCGACGAGUUCCUCGAAGACAGCGAGGAGUCCGAGGUGUUCACGGUGGCGGACUGUGCCCAGCAAGAGAGAGACGUUGCGGCCUGUAAGGAGUACUACCAGGAACUGCUCAGAUCAGCAGAAAGAGAGGAACACGAAGAGUCGGUGUACAACCAUUACAUCUCAGAAAUACGCAACUUCCGGAUGCAUCUGGAGGCCCAUGAAGAACACCUGAUCAGGCAGCUCCGCACGCCGCUGGAGAGAGACGACCUGGAGCAGAGUCUGCAGCGCAUCACAGACCACGAGAAGAAGACAGCAGAGAUGAACAAACUGAAGGAUGACCUCGACGUUAUGAAGGAGAAGUGUGAGCUGUUCCUCAGACAGGCUGCAGGUUCUCCUUCUGUGCCGACGCUUUCCUCUGAACUCACCGUCAUCGUUCAGAGCAUGAGCCAAGUGUACUCCAUGUCUUCCAUUUAUAUGGACAAACUGAAAACAGUGAGCUUAGUGGUGAGGCACAGCCAGAGUGCAGAGACGCUAGUUAAGGCUUACGAAUCCAAACUCUACGAGGAAGAUGCUAUGAACUCUGACGUCAAGUCCAUUGAGACUGUCAUUUCAACACUUAAGCAAUGGCGGACAGAGAUCGACGAGAAGCAGGAGGUGUUCCACGACAUGGAGGACGAGCUGCAGAAAGCACGAGUCAUCAGCGACCGCAUGUUUAAGACGCACAACGAGCGUGACUUUGACCUCGACUGGCACAAGGAGAAAGCUGACCAGCUGAGCGAGAGAUGGCAGAACAUCCACUCCCAGAUUGAUAGCAGGCUUCGGGACCUGGAUGGUAUCAGCAAAUCUCUGAAACACUACAGAGACUCCUACAGUAGUCUUGAUGAAUGGGUUAGAGAAAUGGAAGUAGCACAGCUGAAGGCCCAAGAAAACAAACCUGAAGAUAGCAAGGCCCUGGCUGAGCUGUUAAACAAGCAGAAGGUCCUUGUUGCUGAAAUUGAACAAAAACAGAGCAGAAUUGAUGAGUGUCAGAAGCACUCAGAGCAAUACUCAUCUGCCAUUAAGGAUUAUGAACUCCAGCUGAUGACCUUCAGAGCGAUGGUCGACUCCCAACUCAAAUCCCCUCUGAAGAAACGGAGGAUGCAGAGCUGCUCUGACGCCAUACAGCAGGAGUUUAUGGAUCUCCGAACCCGCUACACUGCUCUGGUGACUCUCAUGACACAGUAUGUGAAGUUUGCCAGUGAAACGUUGAAGAGAACUGAAGACGAGGAGAGAUCUGUUGAUGAGGAGAAGAGAGAGCACGGUGAUAAAGUUAGCAAACUAUUGCACUGGAUGUCCAAUGUGAAGCAGACCCCGAACAAUGAUGGGAAUGCUCAGAAAGAUAGCAAUGCCAACACAGACGCUUCUAAUAAGCCCCAGGUGUCAGUCGAGGAAAUGGUCACUAAGAAGGAACAAAUUGCAGAAGCACUGAGAUCCACGCAGAUGAUGCUGAACAAACACAGUGACAAAAUGACGGAGGAGGAAAGAGAAAAGGCCCAGGAGCAGCUGAAGGCGCUCAAUCAGGCCUACAGUGAACUCUCCCAGAGCUGUUCAGAUCAGACGACCUCUGCAGAAGAGGAUUUAAAAUCCAGUGAUGCAGGGCGUGGGAUUGGACCCAUGAUUGCUCUCCCAGAGGCCCAACCUUUGACCUCCAACGUCUUUCAGUCUGAGCCGUAUGUCUGUCUGGACGGGGACGAUGCUCUAGAGCAAGAUCUCCUUUAUAAAUCCACCCUGAACCACUUGCCAAACAAAACAAGCGAGUGCACACAGAGUUCACGCGUCUCUUCUGCGUCGCUCUCUGACAUAGCAGCAGCUAGGGAAGGGGCCGCGACGUGUGAAGAGCCGAUCAUCAAGAUGAUAGAGGUCAAAGAAGUCAGUGAUGGAUUAACUGUGUGCUACACCGGGGACACGCUGACCCUGGAGAGAGCUCUUCAGUGUGGUUCAAUAUCUCCUUCUGUCUAUGUGGAGGUUCUUCAGAGACAAAACACCUGCCAGGAUAUGAUGAAUCCCAACGCUGCUGAGACAGAGCCUGUGCAGGUCAAUAGACUGAUAUUAGAGUGCCUCAGCAGAAAUAAAUCACUGACAUCGGGGAGGGGUAUCAACACUUUGAGGUGUGAGGGUUUAAGUGAUCAGGAGUCGAUGUCAGAGGAUGUUAUGAGUAACAGGCUGAAGGUGGAUGCAGCUGUUCAGUGUGAUCUGAUGAGCUCCAGCAGCACACUCAUUGUGCUUGAAAACCAGCAGCAGUUUAUAGGACUCGUGUUCUCUCCUUGUGGGGAAACUGUGUCCACCUCAUUCCAGUAUGACCACCAACAAAUCACCACUGAGGAGUUUACCAGCACGCUGUUCACUAACCACGAAAAGAUAGCAGCUUUUUACAUUCCAGAAUUUUCCGAGGUGGUAGACAUCGCCUUCGCUGUUCACGAUGGUUUCAUUGACACUUAUACAGCAGAGGUUUUGAAAUCUAUAGAGAUCCCUGAUGUGUUUCCUGAUGCUGAUCACCUUAAUGACAAGUUUUCAUCUUGGCUCAUGUACAAAAAACUCAUAGUAGAUGGAUGCCAUCAUGCCGCAGCUUGCUUAGAGGUUGAUAACAUCCCGACUCAUACAGAGGCAAAGCAGUUAUUCAUCUCCUACUUAAUGCUGAACAGCUACAUAGAUCCUGAGUCAGGACAGAGGGUCCUGAUACUCGAUAAGCAGCUGAGUAAAAUGGUUAAAAUGUUUCUUGGAGAUUCAAUAUUUUCUGGAAACACAGAGAAAAAUGUGACUUCUCUAACUUUAAAUGUUGGCGAUCUUUCAGAACAGAUGGAUUUAGAGACGCCGCUGCACAUAAAUGAGGAAACGGAGGAGUCGAUGAAAUACACGCAACACACAUUUGAUCCUCAUGAUUUUGUUUCCUCGGCCGAUGGAAGAAUUAGCUUUGAUGAAGAAACAUAUGCAAAUGAUGAGGAUGUAGUACUGGAAUUUUUAGGAGAUGAUGACAUUGACAUGGAUACCGCAGAGCCUAAUGUAGCAGAGGAAAACAUGUGUCAAAGCAACAAAGAGUCAGAUGAAUGUGAAGAGAGAAUUUGUGGAAGUCGUUUCCAAAUUGAUGUUGAAGGUGUUGAUAGUGACGGCCUUGAUAUUCCAACUAUUCCAGUGACGUCAGUCCUUCAAACGUUUUGCUCUGAGAACAGAACAAAUGUUGGCUCACCGUCCAGGAUGUUUGACACUGAGUGUUCAUUAAAAUCCAGCUGUCAAACAGUAUCAUAUUCUGAAUCACUUUGUAGUGAAUCAGAAGUCACUUUGUCACUUUGUAGUGAAUCAGAAGGGACAGAUAUUACACAAGAUGAGUUUUUACGCUCUGUGUUGGAGGGUGAAAAUGAGCAAGAUUAUGCUGCUUAUCUUCUGAAAGCACAAAUGGAGGAAGAAGACAUCUUAGAUGUCCCCUCUGGGAGUCGUUACGACCUGGAAGCAGCUCUCAGUAAGGGCCUAGUUGACGAGACGACAGUGAUGGAGCUGCUUGACCGAGAGUCAGAUGAAAAAGGAAGUGUUGUAGGAGAUGAGGAUGAUAUAGUGUCUGUUUUAAAACAGACGGUGACAGGUGAACCUUCAAAUAUUGCUCUACGUAUCAUGGAACAGCAGAGCCUGUUGAUGUCUGGUUGCACCAUUAGUAUCAGUGAGUCAUCGCACUCUGUUGAUUUAGGCCCCGGAGCCAGCAGCUACCCCGAAGAAAACUGCACUCACUCCAUCUCUGAUGAUCAUAAUCUGUGUUUAAUUAUUAAUAAGGAGUCUGACAACACGCAGACUGAGAGGAAGGUUGCUGUCAUGGUGCUUGAUCUGACUAAUGAGGCGGCUAAUACAGAGAUGGAGAAUAGAGAUGCAGAAGUAGACUGUGAGACAACAGGAAAUGUAGGAGAGAUGAGUAAUGAUCUCCAUCAUCAUUCCCCUCCUUCAGUUAGUGGUCACGAGUCUCCGAUGAUCUCAUGGAGUCAGGUUACUGCAGAGUGUGUGCAUCACAUUGACAAUUUACCGGCUGAAGACAGUGACUCACAGGGUGUAAUCAAUAACCAGCAGACAGAUAUGGCUGUUGUGAUAGGAAACGCUGCUCCAACCACCCAGUUACGUCCAACUAGCUUGAGUGACAGAACCUCCGGCACUGAUCCAGGUAGCCAGACUCAAUACGCCACUUCUAUUAAUCACGCCAAAUCCGACAGCCCACCCAUUGAUGAUGAUCUUUUCAUUCCCCAAGUGGGAAGUGAGAAAGUAGACGUGUCCUCAUCGCUCUGCAGUAUUUUAUCUGAGGAAAGUAGAAUGGAGAGCGACACGAGUGCAGUUCAGUCACCUUUGGACAGCGAGCCAACUCCAAGUAUAGAUUACUCAUCGCCCAGAGAUUUGGGUGAAAGUGCAGUCAUCUCAGAGUCCAGGGGUUAUGGUAACCAUGACAACAACAUCACAGAAGAUGGCAGCAUAAUGACAUCACCUCAGCGAGCAGCACUUCAUUCAGACAGUGAUUUUAGUGUUGGAUCUGAGCCCAGCUGCUCUCACAAUGGUCAGCUUGUUGGCAGUGAGAGAUCUCCACAGUCAGCCGUUGUUUCCGAUGAAGUCACCGCAACAACUGCUAUCAAUCUGAAGUGUUUCGAUGUAGAAGAUUCACAACACUACGCUCUAACUACCACCAGCAUAGUUUCUCUUGAAACAGGUGAAGAUUUGUCAGGCUCACAGCACAGCGCUGCAGAGGAUGUUGUGUUAAGCAUGGACAGUAUUUCCCCAGAGAGGCAACAUGAGGACAUUUUCACUGUCUCUGUGUCAAGAAAUGCACAGACAGCGAGUGAUAAAGAAAACGCAGAUAUUGGCGGAAAUAGCUUUGUGUCAGGACAGUCUGAAACUAUAAUGGGAGCAGGGUUCGGAUCGGAUAUUCUACCAGAGGAAAAAACAUUAGAUAUGUGUGCUUCUAAGCAUCUCCAGGUAGAUACUGAUUCCCUGUCAGACAGCUGCAUUGCAUCUGAUGCUCCCUCUUCAGUGUUUUCUAAUUCUGUAAGGACAUAUGUAGAUGACGGAGGGGAAGUGUUCAUAAAGGGGCCUGAUGUCAGUGAUUUACAAAAGGCACAAACUGGAGACAAUGAAAGCACCAUUGCUGUAGUUCAGGAUACUCCACAACCUUUAGACGAAGGUGGUUUUAACGAGAGAGUUUCCCCUCGUGGACUCAUAGAGAGCAGUCACCCGGACCUUCUCAUGGAUUUGAUGAAACAAAACGCCCUCAGUUUGAACAGCAAAGAAAUGGGAAACUCAGAACUGAUAAUGCAGGAAGAGAAAGACGGCGAAAAGACGGAGCAGUCUCCAAAUAUCCAGAUGCAACUUCUGCAAGUUCUUAAGACUGUUUCCUCGAGCCAAGACCUUUCAAUGCUUCAGGAGGUGAUGGACACUCUGAACAGCGCUCUAGGGGGAGACUCUCUGGGGGGAGACUCUCUGAGGGGAGACUCUCUGAGGGGUGACUCUAUGCAGGGUGACUGUCUGAGGGGUGACUGUCUGGAGGAGCGGUGGCACACACUGGAGAGCAUCAAGGAGGAGAGCUCAGAGGGAGAAGAUGACGGGUUGGCAGAAGAUGCCUCGGGUCUCUGUCGCUCCGCUGCAGACUGUCACCAACCGUCUCCUCUGUUGUCUGGCAGCUCAGAUGCCUGCAAAGUCAAGGAGGUCAAAAAUAAGCUGUUCUCCAUCCAGGAUUAUUUGGAGAGCGUCGGGAGGCUGCAGGAUCAUGCUGAUGUUUUAGAAGAUGUCAGAAAAGACCUUUUAAUCCAGGCACCCAUGGGCAACAACAUGGAAGAACUGCAGAUCCAAAUAGAGGAUUUCCAGGGUCUGGAGUCCCAAGUUUCUCGACUGGCUGGUGUUAUGACAGCAGAUAUGGAGAAAGCCAAACAGCUCUUAAAUUCUGCACAUGAGAACAUCCCCAAACAAAUCCACCAAGAUCUGGCCUCAACGUAUCUGGAUUUAGAGCCAAAUUUCACCGCUGUUACCCAAAUGUGUGCAGAAAGGAGUCACUCCCUGAUUCAAGCAAUGGAAACAGGAAAGGUACAUUUGGAAUCAACGUACCAGAAACAUCUAAGUGAUCUUGAUGAAAUAGUGGGCCUCAUCCAGAACAACGCAGACAUGUGCGACGUGGAUUUGAACCCAUGUGAUGUGGACGCACUGAAACAUUUGAUUCAGCAGAACAAGGACACGGAGAGCAGUCUGCUAAAAGAAGCCAGGCUCAAGUUAGAGGAUGUCACAUUCGAUAUCCAGUGCUUUAUCUCUGAGCACGCUCAGUUUCUGAGUCCGGCUCAGAGCAGCUACCUCCUCAAGCUCCUCAGCAGCACACAGCGAGCGUUCAGGGACCAGACAGAGAGGCUUGUUAUCCAGAGGAGCGCCUUGGAUGUCCUACUGGACUCCAGGGAGAGGGAGAGCCAGGAGAAGUCUUUGUUGGAGAAACAGAAAGAGUUUACAGAGAAGUUGGAGGAAGUGUGUGAUAAUCUCACCCUGACAGAAAACCAUCUGAUGGGUCAUCAGCAGCAGUCUGGAAACGCUGAGUGUGUCACAGACCUGCAGCAGUACCAGCAGGAGCACCAGGCUCUGCAAAAAGACGUAUUGACAAACGCCAGUGCCUUGAACGAGGUCAUCACCAGCACUAAAAAGUUUCUGGAGGAAAACCGGAGCAAGCUGACGCCAGAUCAAAUCGCCAGCAUUGAGGGCAAGUUGGAAGAGGCUAAAAGCAAAGCCAAGGUCAUCAACCAGCGGGCGGAGGAGUCCAGGAAAGAUCUGGAGAAGGUUGUUACCACCGCCAUAAAACAGGAGAGUGAAAAGGCAGCAGCUGUUGAGCGGCUUGAAGAAAGUAAGAACAAAAUCGAAGGUCUCCUGGAUUGGAUAUCAAACAUAGGGAAUGAAAACGAGAGCGGUGUGGAUCAAACUGACCAUAUAAGUAAAGAGAAUGGAAACCUGCCAGAAGAAACUUCAGCCACAGGACUGAUAGGAGAGGACGACGAUGCCAAUGGAAACGCUUUACAGACCACCGAAAAGGAUUUUGGCAGAGAAACCAGCGAGAAGAAAGACGCCUCCCUGGAGCUCGAUAAGCAGUAUGACAGGGUCAAGGCCCGUCAUCAGGAGAUCCUGUCUCAGCAGCAGGACCUGAUCAUGGCCACCCAGUCAGCUCAAGCUCUGCUCGACAAGCAGGCCAACGUGCUGUCUCCAGAGGAGAAGGAGAAACUGCAGAAGAACAUCCAGGAGCUGAAGGGGCGCUACGACGCCUCGCUGACGCAGGCCGAGCAGCAGAUGAAGCAGGUGCAGAGCGUCCAGGAGGAGCUGAAGAAGUUCCAAGGAGACUGUGAGGAGUUUGUUGGCUGGUUGGACCAGGCGGAGGGAGAGAUGGAGGAGCUGGGCGCUCCUGCAAGCUCCCUCAAUAUCCUCAGUGAUAAACUCCAGCGACAGAAAAGCUACUCAGAAGAUGUGAUUUCCCACAAGGGGGACCUUCGCUUCAUCACCAUGUCAGGACAGAAAGUGCUGGACGUGGCUAACGCCUGUGGAUUGGCCGACUCUGCGGCUAAGAACGCUCUGCUGGACGUGGAUACUUCAGGGACCUGUGCUGCUGUCAAGGACAAGUUGGAUUCAGCAGCCAGCCGAUACAAAACACUACAUUCACAGUGCAAUCAGCUCGGCAACAACCUCAAAGAUGUGGUCGACAAAUACAAGAAAUACGACGACUCGAGCGCUGGUCUCUUGACGUGGCUCAACAGCUCAGAGGAGGAGGCGAGGAAGCAGCAAUCGGAGGCCAUAGCAGCUGACCCACAGACACUACAGAAACAACUGGAGGAGACCAAGGCCCUACAAGGUCAGAUGACGGGACAUCAGACUGCUAUUGACACACUUCGCAAAGCAGCUGAGUCUUUGGUAACAUCUGAAGGAGACCUGCUGACCAACUCAGACGACAUCCAGGAGACAGUCGAUGACAUAGUCGAGCGCUACGACAACCUGUCCAAGUCUGUGAGUGAUCGAAAUGAGAAGCUGCAGAUCACCCUGACUCGCUCCAUGAGUGUCCAGGAUGGUUUGGAUGAGAUGAUGGGAUGGAUGGAGGGAGUGGAGGCCAGUGUGAAAGAGAAAGGACAAAUCCCCCUGGACUCUGCGUCCAUUGGAGAUGUCCUCAGCAAAGAAGUGGCGUUAGAGCAGGACAUAGCAAGUCGCCAGAGCAGCAUCUCCACCAUGAAAGCCAAGGUGAAGAAGUUCGUGGAGACGGCAGAUCCCUCUGCCGCUGCGCUUCUGCAGUCUCAGAUGGAUGCCCUCUCACAGCGCUUCUCUGAUACCUGUGACAAGCACAAGCAAAAAGUCUCCCAGCUGGAGCAACUGAAGGAAAAGGUGGAGCAGUUUGAGAAGGUCGCAGAUAAAGUUCAGCAGUUUGUUGUGAAGCGCUCACAAGAUCUACAUGAGACAGACGGGCCGGGGAAAACUUUCAAUGAACUGUCUCAGCUAAUGCAGAACACUAAAGCGGAGAUGGCUGAACACGCCGGUGAUUUGGAGAAGCUGCAGACUCUGUCCAAGGAGCUGUCUGAAAUAAGCCCCGAUGGAAACAAAGCACAGAUCCAGAGCAAGAUGGACAAUCUCUCCAAUAUUUUCAGCACGUUCAAAGACACUGUCAAAGAAAAGGAAGAGGAGGUAUCAUCCUGUCAGGACCAGCUGGGAGAGUUCAGAUCUGCAGCAGGCACUCUCACGAAGUGGCUGGAGCAGACCAACGAGAAAGUGCCUGCGGUUCAGCCGAGCAGCAGUGUGAAGAGUCUGGAGAAGGACCUGCAGAUAGUCACUGGAUUAUUAGACGAGUGGACGUCCAAAGACCCUGCUGUCCAAGACCUGAACAGUAAAGGAUCAGCGCUAUGCAGCCUCAUGACUUUCCUCACAUCCCCCGCCAAGACAAAGACCCCUAACAAGUCAGCUCUUACUAAUGGUGGUGGUCCAGCGAGCCAUUCCUACCUAACCAAUAAAGAGCUGAUGGUGAUUCAGCAGAACGUGUCAUUCGUCAACGAGGGUUACUCGACCCUCGGGGCGACGCUGAAGAGCCGAGCGGAAGAGCUGAGUAGUUCGGUGCAGGAGGUGAAGGAGGCCCAAAAGGAGACGGACAACAUGAUGACAUGGCUGGAGGACAAGAAAAAGACUGCAGCGUCCUGGAACAAUGCAGCCACAGAGAAAGAUUCAGUGAAAACACAGCUUGAACAGCAGAAGGUAUUUGAGGAUGACAUGAAGCAAAAACAGGAGCAGCUCCAGAAGCUCAGAGAGACGCUCCUCAACUUGAUUAAGACUCAUCCGAACUCCCCCGAGGCUGCAAAAUGGAAACAGAUGCUGGCAGAAAUAGAUGCUGCUUGGGCAGAUAUCAGCGGCUCUGUGGAGGAGAGGAAGCAGCACCUGGAGCAGUCCAACAAGAACCUGGACAUCUUCCAGACAACCGAGGUGCAGCUCGGUCAGUGGCUUUCAGAGAAAGAGCUGAUGAUGAGUGUCCUCGGACCCCUCUCCAUAGACCCCAACAUGCUUAAAAUGCAGAAGCAGCAAGUUCAGAUCCUCCAGAACGAAUUUAAGAGCCGCAAACCUCAGUAUGAGCAACUGGAGGAAGCUGCCUCUGCCAUCCUGAGCUCCUCAGGCAACCAGGACCCCUCGAGUGGGAAGCUGGUGAGGGAGCAGCUCGCUGCCGUCACCCAGAAGUGGCAAGGCCUCACGGGACAGCUGGACCAGCGAGACGGCCUCAUCGACCAGGCCGCAGUGAAGACGGGUCAGUUUCAGGAGCUACUCAGGAGUGUCAGUCAGACCGCCACUCAGCUGGAGAAUCAGCUCACCAACCACCAGGGCCACAGCACCCAGCCCGAUGCUGUGAAGAAGCAGCUGGAGGACGUCCAGAACAUCUCGGCGCAGCUGAGGGACGAGAGGAAGAAGCUGAAGGAGGCUGAGGCCAUCAACACGGAGCUCACAGCGAUGGUGACUGAGGACUAUCUCAAAGCAGACUUGGCCAGGCAGCUGGAGAGCGUCAGCAAGCCUUUCAGACAGCUGGAAGAGAAAGCAGCAAAACGGGUCGAGCAGCUCAACUCAACCUUUGCCAGCUCUCAGCAGUUCCAUCAGACCUCCAAAGACUUCCAGUCGUGGCUGGGUGAGAAGCUCCAGGACCAGUCCAAGCCCCAGCCUAUCUCCGCCAAAGUGGACGUCCUACAACAAUCCCUGGAGGAGCACAGUAAACUCCAGAAGGCUCUCAGUGAGCAAGAGGAAGCUUAUAACUCCAUCUCUGGGGAAGGGGAGAUGCUCCUGCAGAACACUGAUGGGGCAGAAAAGUUGGCGCUACAAGGGCAGCUCACGACGCUCUCUUCCAACUGGGAGGAGGUGAAGAAGAGCGCCGUGGAGCAAGCUGACAAACUCCAGUCGGCUCUGCAGAAAUCUCUCAAGUAUCAGGAGCAUGCGGAGAAGCUCAGCUCCUGGAUUCAAGAAUGUGAAGCCAGCGAGGGCCGAGUCAAACUCACCGCUGAUCCGGUUGCUGUGGAGAGCUCAAUUUCUCAGGUGAAAGUUCUCCAGAAGGACGUCGACAAGCACAGGGGGAUGGUGGAGCAGCUCAACACGGCGGCAGAUAGCCUCCUCGAGGUGGCCAACGCAGACACUGACGCUAUCAAAGAGGAGAAGGAUAGCAUUGGCAAAAGAGUGGACAAUGUAGUGGAAGGACUGCAGAGCAAAAGGGAUUCCCUGGAGAAGAUCUCACACACAGUUAAGGAGUUUAAUGACGCCUAUAAAGAAGCAAACAGUCAACUUGAGGGGGCUAAGAAGCAGGUGGAUACCUAUGAGUCACAGGGAGUGCAGGCACACAGCAACAAGAACCUGACCAACAUGAAAGCCCAACAUAAGAGUUUAGAGGGAGUGCAGAACCAAGUAGAGCACCUGAAGACGUUGGCCAAGGACCUCGUGGUUGAUGUCCCAGAUGCCGAUGGAGUGACAGACCUCUUACUGCAGGCUGACAGCAUGGAAAAAGACUACAGCACCCUUAACAAGAAGCUAGAGGAGACGUGCCAAGUGUUGGAGGGUAAACUGCAGGGUAUCGGGCAGUUCCAAAACCGCAUCCGUGAGAUGUAUACCUGUUUCACAGACCUGGACGACGAACUGGACAGCAUGGCGCCCGUGGAUCUUGACUUAGCCACUCUUAAAGAGCAGCAGGACGGCAUUCAGAGCUUCGUGUCUAAGCUGCAAGAGCUGACGGCCAACACGGCCAAUGCCAGAGACAGCUGUAAGAAGAUGCUAGAGACUGAGACCUCACCUGACCUGUUGGGCGUGAAGAGAGAUCUGGAUGCUCUGAGCAAGCAGUGCGGUAAACUGUUGGAUCGAGCUAAAGGCAGAGAGGUGCAGGUGCAGAGCACGCUUACCAAACUGGAGGAGCUGUACGGUAAACUCCACCAAGCAGAUGAUCAUCUCGGCAGAGCGGUGGGCAAGGAGGCGUCGCAGGAGGCAGUUGGCAUGGAGACAGAUGUCAUCAACCAACAGCUAGAGGCCUUUAAGGCUUUCCAGAAAGAGGACAUUGAUCCGUUGCAGGCGCAGCUUCAAGACAUCGGCUCCCUCGGCCAGAGCCUGAUCCAAAACGCUGCCAAAGGCACCAGCACCAGGAAGCUCGAGGAUGAUCUGGAGGAGGUCAACACCAAGUGGAAUACCCUCAAUAAAAAGAUUGCUGAGCGUUCAGCCCAGCUGCACGAAGCCCUGUUGCAUUGUGGGCGGUUCCAGGAUGCUCUGGAGUCAUUGCUCAGCUGGUUGACUGACACCGAGGAGCUGGUGGCCAAUCAAAAACCUCCGUCUGCAGAGUUCAAAGUGGUCAAAGCGCAGAUACAAGAGCAGAAACUCUUACAGAGACUGCUGGAUGACAGAAAGCCGACAGUGGAGCUGAUAAAAAAAGAGGGAGAGAAGGUUGCAGAACUGGCAGAGUCUGUGGAUAAAGACAAGGUUGCAAAAGAGAUCGAAUGCCUGGGGCAGAGGUGGGACGCUCUGCUCAAAAAGGCUGAAAACAGGCACAAGCAACUAGAGAGCAUCUUAGUGGUCACUCAGCAGUUCCACGAGACGCUGGAGCCCCUGAGCGAGUGGCUCGCCGCUACGGAGAAACACCUCGCCAACUCCGAGCCCAUCGGCACCGAGACGUCUAAGCUGGAAGACCAGAUCUCUCAGCAUAAGGCCUUAGAGGAGGAGAUAAUGAAUCACAGUAAAGACCUGUUACAGGCCGUCAGCCUGGGUCAGAUGCUCAAAAGUGUGAGCUCAGUGGACGAAAAGGAGUUUGUACAGUCCAAACUGGACGCCACCCAGGCCAGUUACAUAGAGCUCCAGGAGCGAUGCAGGAGGAAAGCGGAGAUGCUGCAGCAGGCUCAGGCAAACGCCCAGCUGUUUGGAGAGGACGAAGUGGCCCUCAUGAACUGGCUCAACGAGGUGCACCCGAGGCUGAGCGAAGUGUCCGCUGAGGACUACAAAAUAGAUGUUCUUGAAAAGCAGCUGGCGGACCAACGGGCGCUACAAAGUGAUAUUGAGUUGAGGAAGAAGAAUGUUGACCAAGCCGUCUCUAAUGGGAUGGAGCUGCUGAAGCAAACAACAGGUGAUGAGGUGGUUGUUAUCCAAGGCAAACUGGACGGAAUAAAAACAAAGUACGCUGAGAUCAACUCUAUGAGUGAUGGCGUUUUGAAGACAUUGGAGCGGGUCUUGAGUCUCUCCGCUAAGCUGCAGCAUACCCAUGAGGACCUGAGCUCCUGGCUGGAGAACGUAGAGGCUGAGGUCAGCGCUUUUGCUGAUCAGGAGCCAGUGGGCGAGCAGCUCAUUCAUGCACAAAGCAGGCAGAAGGCCUUGUUGAAGGAGAGCAAAGAGCAAAAACCUGUGAUGGACAAGCUGAAUGAGUUGAGCAGCUCUCUCUUGGAUCUGAUCCCCUGGCACACUCGUGAGGGUCUGGACAAGCUGGUGACUGAGGAUAAUGAGCGGUACAGAGCCGUCUGCGACACCGUCACCCAGCAGGUCGACCGGAUCAACGCUGACAUACUAAAGUCACAGCAGUUUGAACAGGCUGCAGACGCUGAACUCUCCUGGCUGACAGACGCUGAGAGGAAGUUGCUGUCGAUGGGCAACAUCAGGCUGGAGCAGGACCAAACCACAGCCCAGCUCCAAGCACAGAAGAUCUUCUCCAUGGACAUCAUGAGGCACAAAGAUGCCGUGGAUGAUAUCAUCAAAACAGGAGAGGCCAUUAUGAACAGCAAAAACCCUGAGGAGAAAGAAAUCUUGAAGGCCCGGACCCAGACUCUCUUGGAGAAGUACGGCACUGUCAGUCAGCUGAACUCGGAGCGCUGUCUGCAGCUGGAGCGAGCCCAGUCUCUGGCCAGUCAGUUCUGGGAGACCCAUGAGGAGAUGUGGCCGUGGCUUCAGGAAACCUUGAGCGCCUUCAGCCAGCUGCCGCUACCCUCCAUCGAGUAUGAAAAACUCCGACAGCAGCAAGAGGAGCUCAGGCAAAUGCGAGAGCUGAUUUCCGAACACAAGCCCCACAUCGACAAGAUGAAUAAGACGGGUCCUCAGCUGCUUGAGCUCAGCCCGGUGGAGGGAGAGCCCAUCAGAGAGAAGUACACCGUUACAGACCAACUUUACACCAAACUCAAGGCUGAUGUCAAGGAGAGAGCUGCGACUCUGGAUGAGGCCAUCUCCAAAUCCACCCAGUUCCAUGACAAAAUUGACCCGAUGUUGGAAUCCCUCGAACGGAUCGCUGAACGCCUGCGGCAGCCUCCGUCCAUCUCGGUGGAGGUGGAAAAGAUCAGGGAGCAGAUUAGUGAAAAUAAAGCCGUCUCUGUGGAUUUGGAGAAGCUGCAGCCCUCUUAUGAGACACUGAAGCAGCGAGGGGAGGAGAUGAUCGCACGAUCUGAAGGACCAGAUAAGGACAUAUCUGCCAAAGUUGUACAAGACAAACUGGACCAGAUGGUGUUCCUGUGGAACGACAUCCAGGCCUUACAUGAGGAGCGGGAGGUGAAGCUGCUGGAUGUCAUGGACCUGGCAGACAAGUUCUGGUGUGACCACUGUGCUCUCAUUGCCACCAUCAAAGACAGCCAGGACCUGCUGAGAGAGCUGGAGGAGCCCGGAGUCGAUCCUUCAGUCGUCAAACAGCAGCAAGAGUUUGUCGAGGGAUUUAAGGAGGAGAUCGAUGGGCUGCAAGAAGAGCUCGAAGUGGUUCAAAACCAGGGUGCAGAGCUGAUGACGGCCUGCGGGGAACCUGAUAAACCUGUGAUAAAGAAAAGCCUUGAUGAGGUGAACUCAGCGUGGGAAAAUCUCAAUAAGACCUGGAAGGAGAGAGUAGAACGGCUGGAAGAAGCCAUGCAGGCUGCUGUGCAGUUUCAAGACGGCCUGCAGGGUAUGUUUGACUGGGUGGAUAUUCUGGAGGGCAAACUGGAUUCAAUGUCGCCCGUCGGCACAGACCUGGAAACUGUCAAGCAGCAGAUUGUAGAACUCAAGGAGUUCAAAGGUGAGGCGUACCAGCUGCAGAUCGAGAUGGAGCGCCUGAACCACCAGGCGGGCCUCCUGCUGAAGAAGGUGACGGAGGAGGCCGAUCGCUGUGCCAUCCAGGAGCCGAUGUCCGAGCUCAAGAUGCUCUGGGACAACCUGGAUGAGAAGAUCAUCGGCCGACAGCACAAACUGGAGGGAGGUCUCCUGGCUCUGGGCCAGUUCCAGCACGCACUGGACGAGCUGCUGGCCUGGAUGAGCCACACCGAGGAGCUGCUCAAUGACCAGAGGAAGGCUGGAGGAGACCCCAAAGCCGUCGAGAUAGAACUCGCUAAGCAUCAUGUUCUCCAGAAUGACGUGUUGGCUCAUAAGGCGACAGUCGAGACGGUCAACAAGGCCGGUAAAGAUCUGGUGGAGUCCAGCGCUGGAGAGGAAGCUUCCAGUCUGCAAAGCAAAUUGGAGAACCUGAACCAGCGGUGGAAAGCCAUCCUGGAGAAAUCAGGGCAGAGGAAGCAACAACUAGAAGGCGCUCUGCUUCAGGCCCAAGGUUUCCAUGGCGAGAUAGAAGAUAUGCAGCAAUGGCUGAAAGACACAGAACGUCAGCUGUUGGCAUCAAAGGCUGUGGGAGGCUUACCAGACACGGCCCGGGAGCAGCUUAACGCCCAUCUGGAGUUGUGUUCUGCCUUCGAGGUAAAGGAGGAGCUGUAUCAGGAGCUGAUGAACAAGGGUCACCAGCUGCUCGCCAUUACACCCGAGGGUCCUGACAGCAACACGGAGCAGGACCUCGCCAACCUGAAGGACAAAUGGGAAGCGGUGCAGGGGAAGGUCGCUGAGAGAAAGGUGAAACUAGAGGAAGCCUUGACGCUGGCCACGGAUUUCCACAACUCUCUGCAGGACUUCAUCAACUGGCUCACCCAAGCAGAGCAGACGCUGAACAUGGUUUCUCCCGCCUCCCUCAUACUGGACACCAUCAUGUUUCAGAUUGAUGAACAUAAGGUGUUUGUGACGGAGGUGAACUCCCACAGGGAACACAUCAUUGACCUGGACAAGACAGGAACACAUCUGAAGUACUUCAGCCAGAAACAGGAUGUGGUCCUGAUCAAGAACCUGCUGCUGAGCGUGCAGGGCCGCUGGGAGAAGCUGGUGCAGCGGUCCGUUGAGCGAGGUCGCCUGCUGGACGACGCCAGGAAGAGGGCGAAACAGUUCCAUGAAUCUUGGAAUAAGCUGAUGGAGUGGCUGGACGAGUCGGAGAAGACUCUGGACUCAGAAGUGGAAAUCGCCAACGAUCCGGACAAAAUCAAGACGCAGCUGGUGCAGCACAAGGAGUUCCAAAAAGCCGUGGGCAGCAAACACUCAGUGUACGACACCACCAUUCGAACAGGGCGGGCCCUGAAAGACAAGACCUCCCUCCAGGAUGAUAAUCAGAAGCUGGACGACAACCUGAGUGAACUGAGGGACAAAUGGGACACCGUUUGUGGCAAGUCAGUAGAAAGACAAAACAAGCUGGAGGAGGCCCUGUUGUUCUCCGGCCAGUUUACAGACGCUCUCCAGGCUCUCAUUGACUGGCUUUACAGAGUGGAGCCUCAGCUGGCUGAGGACCAGCCCGUACACGGAGACAUAGACCUGGUUCUCAACCUGAUAGACAACCACAAGGUUUUCCAGAAGGAGUUGGGAAAGAGGACAGUAAGCGUUCAAGCCCUUAAACGUUCAGCCAAGGAGCUGAUCGAAAGCAGUCACGACGACUCGUCCUGGGUCAAAGUCCAGAUGCAGGAGCUGAGCACUCGCUGGGAGACGGUGUGCAACCUCUCGGUGUCCAAACAGGCCCGGCUGGAGCAGGCCCUGUGUCAGGCUGAGGAGUUUCACUCGACGGUUCACAUCCUACUGGAGUGGCUGGCUGAGGCGGAGCAGAGUUUGCGUUUCCAUGGCAGCCUGCCUGAUGAUGAGGAGGCUCUGCAGGCGCUUAUUGAACAACACAAGGAGUUCAUGAAGAAACUGGAGGAGAAGCGUGUGGCUCUAAAUAAAGCAACAAGUUUGGGGGAGGCUAUUCUGGUCAUCUGCCAUCCAGACUCCAUCACAACCAUCAAACACUGGAACACCAUCAUUAAAGCCCGGCUCGAAGAGGUGCAGGCUUGGGCCAGGCAGCACCAGCAGCGACUGGCCACGGCUCUCACUGAGCUAUUGGCCACUCAGGAGCUGCUGGAGAAUCUGCUGACGUGGCUGCAGUGGGCCGAGACCAACCUCAACGAUAAGGACAAGGAGCAGCUGCCGCAGGAGCUCGAGGAAGUCAAAAGCCUCAUAGCAGAACACCAGGCAUUCAUGGAGGAAAUGACCAGGAAGCAACCAGAUGUUGAUACAAUCACCAAGACACACAAAAGGAAGGCUGCUGUGGAGCCCCCAGUCCAGUCACACAUCCCUGUGCUUGACAAAGGAAGACCUGGAAGAAAGCGUUCCCCCACACAAACGAUGUAUGCGUCAGCAACACAACCUCCCAUUGAAACCAAGAACCCGCGGGUUAACCUGCUGGUCACCAAGUGGCAGCACGUGUGGCUGCUGGCUUUGGACAGAAGGAGGAAACUCAAUGAUGCCUUGGACAGACUGGAGGAGCUGAAGGAAUUUGCCAACUUCGAUUUUGAUGUGUGGCGGAAGCGCUACAUGCGCUGGAUGAACCAUAAAAAGUCUCGUGUCAUGGAUUUCUUCCGCCGCAUUGACAAAGAUCAAGAUGGCAAAGUGACCCGACAGGAGUUCAUAGAGGGCAUCCUCUCCUCCAAAUUCCCCACCAGUCGUCUGGAGAUGAGCGCUGUGGCAGACAUAUUUGACAGAGACGGUGACGGCUACAUUGACUACUAUGAGUUUGUGGCAGCUCUUCAUCCUAACAAGGACGCUUACAAACCACUAACAGAUGCUGACAAAAUUGAAGAUGAGGUUACUCGACAAGUAGCAAAAUGCAAAUGUACAAAACGAUUCCAAGUGGAGCAAAUUGGUGCCAACAAAUACCGGUUCUACCUUGGAAACCAGUUUGGUCUGGUUCACUGCUUACAUGACUCCUUACUCGGCGAUGAGACAAUAGCAAACAGGGAAAAUCAAAAUCUUACCCCCCACCUACACGUUGCCGUUUUGGAAAGCUGUAUUCUGUUUGGAGACUCUCAGCAGCUUCGUCUAGUGCGUAUCUUACGCAGCACUGUGAUGGUGCGGGUGGGAGGAGGCUGGAUGGCUCUGGAUGAGUUCCUGGUGAAGAACGACCCCUGUCGAGUUCAUCACCACGGGAGCAAAAUGUUGCGCUCGGAAUCAAACUCUUCAAUUACUCAGUCUCCUAUAGGUUGGCAAGUCUCAAACUUACUCACCUUGCUCCAUGAACCCACCUGUGCUAAAGGCAGGACCAACAUGGAGCUACGAGAGAAGUUCAUCCUCCCGGAGGGAACCACUCAGGUGAUGGCGAGCUUCCGCUACCGAGGCCGGAGAUCACGGCCGUCGUCCAGAGGAGCUUCUCCUAACAGAUCCACCUCCAGUCAGAGCUGUGUGGUCCCAUCAAACCCACCAGCGACCAGUACGCCCAAGACACAACACAUAACCCGCAAUUAUGAUAAACCCUGGCUUACAAACAGCAAACCCUCCACUCCUCUUAAAUCAUCAGACUCCUUUGGGAGCCAAGGUUCAUCCUCAGAGAGUACACCAGUUCAAGGCAGCAAAUUACGUCUUCCUGGAUACUUGUCAGGCAAAGGAUUUCAGUCUGGUGAGGAGGGAACCUUGAUCAGCACUGCUGUACUGAAAGCCCGAACGACGAUAGGUGAGUCGAGAAAAAUUUCCAGCCGACCUGGAAGUAAAGCAGGAAGCAGAGGGAGCAGUCGCAGAGGAAGUGACGCCUCUGACUUUGACAUCUCAGACAUCGCGUCUGUGUGCUCGGACGUGUCCGAUGCGGUCGGGGACUCGACCCGAGCGACGCCGCGCUCCGCGUCCCGUCAGCACGGAGGGAAAGCCUCCAAGAUCCCCACUCCUCAGAGGAGAUCCACUCCCACAAGCAAACUGGCCAAGGGAUCCAAGCGAUAGUCAGUGGCCUUGAAAACAAACAACCAAGGAGCUAGUUGCACCCUAAACGGACACUGGAGAUAUCUAACUUAAAAAGACUGCAAAUGUGUUGAGUGUUAUUUAAAUUGUUGCGAAGAUGUAAAAUAUUCAGUUGAGAGGCAAUAUGGUUUAAUAUUAUGUGUGAAUGGAAUGUUAAUGGCCUUGUGCAUUUGUUUUUAAUGUAUUUUAUUUUUUGUGAAAAAUGUCAAAUUGUUUUUAUCGUACCUUAUUUUAUUGAACCUGUAGAGGUUUGACGAACACUAGAAAAAACCCGGGAAUGACUACGUUGUACCGUUAGCUAACAUUUCUAAACACACUAAUGAAGGGCAAUGCGUGGGAUAGCGCUGUGAGAGUUACUGAAUGUACUGUAAUUUAUGUUUGCUGAUGUUUGGAGUAGAUGGUGCAUUAUGGUACCAUUUGACGCACUGCAUUUAUCUAUUUAAGUGCUAUGAUAUACUGCCAACAUGCAUUUAAAGGGCAAUGCAAUAUACUACAAUAAACCCCAGUAAGCACUGCAGAAACCUUUGAAAAACACUAUUUAAGGCAAGUAGCAGAAACCUCGUAAUCAUGAAGCUUUUAAGUCCUGUUUGUUUGUGAGCAGCUGCAGUCCCUGUUUCGUUUGACCACUUCACAGCAUUGACCUCGAAGAGGUGCCACUCCAUGUAGACAUUCUCUUGUGCAUCCAUGUCGAUGUCUGGUUAAUUUCGGUAGAGCUGAAAUUGUCACUGUAACAUUACUUUGUAAUAAACCUGCUUGCAGAAAGUCACCAGAGGCUGGUGUGGACCACA